GACAGCGCGGCCGUGCGGACCGCGCGGCGGAGCAGUGAGCAGCGCGGCGCCCAGAGCGCUGGCCGCCAGCGGAGCUCCAGCCGAGCCGAGCCGGGCCCGGAGCGCCGGGUCCCAGAGCCCGCAGCCAUGCUGGCCGGCCGCGCCGCGCGCACCUGUGCGCUGCUCGCCCUCUGCCUCCUGGGCAGCGGGGCUCAGGAUUUUGGGCCGACGCGCUUCAUCUGCACCUCGGUGCCGGUGGACGCCGACAUGUGCGCCGCGUCCGUGGCCGCCGGCGGCGCCGAGGAGCUCCGGAGCAACGUGCUGCAGCUCCGCGAGACCGUGCUGCAGCAGAAGGAGACCAUCCUGAGCCAGAAGGAGACCAUCCGCGAGCUGACCACCAAGCUGGGCCGCUGCGAGAGCCAGAGCACGCUGGACGCGAGCGCCGGCGAGGCGCGGACGGGCGGCGGCCGCAAGCAGCCCGGCUCGGGCAAGAACACCAUGGGCGACCUGUCUCGGACGCCGGCGGCCGAGACGCUCAGCCAACUCGGGCAAACUUUGCAGUCGCUCAAAACCCGCCUGGAGAACCUCGAGCAGUACAGCCGGCUCAAUUCCUCCAGCCAGACCAACAGCCUCAAGGAUCUACUGCAGAGCAAGAUCGAUGACCUGGAGAGGCAGGUGCUGUCUCGGGUGAACACUCUGGAGGAGGGCAAGGGGGGCCCCAGAAAUGACACCGAGGAAAGAGUCAAGAUAGAGAGCGCCCUGACUUCCCUGCACCAGCGGAUCAGCGAGCUCGAGAAAGGUCAGAAGGACAACCGCCCUGGAGACAAGUUCCAGCUCACAUUCCCCCUGCGGACCAACUACAUGUAUGCCAAGGUGAAGAAGAGCCUGCCGGAGAUGUACGCCUUCACGGUGUGCAUGUGGCUCAAGUCCAGCGCAGCGCCAGGGGUGGGCACGCCAUUCUCCUAUGCCGUGCCCGGCCAGGCCAAUGAGCUGGUCCUCAUUGAGUGGGGCAACAACCCCAUGGAGAUCCUCAUCAACGACAAGGUGGCUAAGCUGCCCUUUGUAAUCAAUGAUGGCAAGUGGCACCACAUCUGCAUCACCUGGACCACCCGGGACGGGGUCUGGGAAGCCUACCAGGAUGGCACCCAAGGAGGCAACGGCGAGAACUUGGCGCCCUAUCACCCCAUCAAGCCACAGGGCGUGCUGGUGCUGGGCCAGGAGCAGGACACGCUGGGUGGCGGGUUUGAUGCCACCCAAGCGUUCGUGGGCGAGCUGGCCCAUUUCAACAUCUGGGACCGCAAGCUGACCCCGGGGGAGGUGUACAACCUGGCCACCUGCAGCACCAAGGCCCUUUCCGGCAACGUCAUUGCCUGGGCUGAGUCCCACAUCGAGAUCUACGGCGGAGCCACCAAGUGGACAUUUGAAGCCUGUCGCCAGAUCAACUGAGGCCCAGGGCCGGGCUGAGCCUCCUGGUCCCCAGGUUCCCAGCCCCCUCCCGCUUCCCCCCUGCUUGUGCGGAGAUGAUCCGUCGUCUCUUCUUCUCUCCCUUUCCCCCAGGAAUGACUCAAGGCCAUCGCCCUCGCACACGCGCACACGCACACAGCCUGGUUUCGUCCUCGUGCACGUGAAGCAGGCCCGGCUCCCAUCUGUCCCCGAGGUGUCCCCACUUCUCUCUAGGAGCCCGCACUGUUUCUCAGGCAUGCCCCGUUCACCAGUAAAGCCGGCAGCUGCAACAUUUUGAAAAAUGCACACGUAGGUGAGAGGACCUGUGUGUGAGUGUAUGUGUGUGUGUGUGUGUGUCUACAAGGGUCUGUCUCUCUGGGGAGGCCUUCUCUUUUAAAAUGAGGUAUUUCAUUUCUUCUUUCUCUGUGGCUUUGGGAAAUCUCAUGACUGGUUUAAUAUCUGCAUUGCCAACUUUGGUGUCUGCCCGCGUGUCUUGGGGCUGGUGCAUCUUCUUCUGCAAUGCAUUCGUCUUUGUUUGUAAAUGUUUUUCAGAGCGACAUAUCUCUAUAUUGAUAAAAUAAAUAUCUUUUAGCAAUUUGUUAAAGGCCAGGGGCCUCUGCAUGGAGAAUUUGUAUUUUGUCAUAGAAGGAAUUCUCUCUGAAGGGUUGAAGGCAGACAGUGUCCUGUGAUGGCACCACAUGCUGGGUGGGGGCAGAGGAGGUGGGACCAGCCUCAGGAUCCGGGCAGUCCCUCCCCCAACCCAUAGUGCCUGGCUAGCAUCCUGCUGUUGGCAUCUGAGGGCAGCACUGGGCCUGGGAGGCCAGCCUGCAUACCCAGCUCGGCCAGCUCUGGCCCAGGAUACCGUCUGUGGCCCUCAGCCUUCCCACCUCCUCAGACUCCCCUUCAGCUGCCAGCUAGGGUCCCCAAGAGAGGAACAUCCCAGGAAGCCAGGACCCCUGGUCUCCUCCCCUUGGCCUCUGGCAGUGGGAGACCAGAGGCUUCGGUGGGUCAGCUUGAGAGCAGACCUUUUAGACCAGGAAACCCGCACUCUGAUUAAGACCCAGCCACACAGGGCCACUGAAACUUGAACCCAGCCAGUCGAUGGGCCAGGUCCGUGGUAACUCUGACAGCCAUAUUCUUCUCCCGGGCCAAGGUGAGCCCUCCAAGGGGGCAGGGCCUCCGGAGACCUCUCCUGGGGAGCCACGCAUGGCUAGGCCGGGGCCUGAAAUCCACUCCCCCAUCUUACAGAGUGCAAGUCCUGAUGUAGCCCCCAACCUGUCACCAGCUGGUGACACUGAGACCCAACCAGUGUCAGAAGCUUUGACAUUUCUUUCCCUCCAUGAAAAACUGACAUGUGCACCUCCUUCUAGUCCUUCCAAGGCGGGGAGAAAAGUGUGUGUGUGUGUGUGUGUGUGUGUGUGUGUGUGUGUUGAAUGAGAGCGAGAAGAAGAGCACUUAGACGGAUCACACCCAGGGGAGGGUGAGCUCCCUGCUUUGUUGCACCAUCUGGGGGUCGCACACCCCGAGGGCAACCUGGACUCUGUCACCAGGAGUCUAAUUAGCAAAAGGCUGGCAAGUCUUUCUAGAAAUUUUACUGCACUGCCUGGCUCAUCUACAGCUGCAGACAUUUCUUCAGGAGAAGCAGGUGUUUCUGUCUUCUGUUCCUUCCAGGGCACCUGUCUCCUUAAACGCAGGUCCGUGUUGUCGGAAACCUAGUGCAUCUGUGUGUGUCUGUGUUGGUGUCUCUGUGUUGGUGUCCGCGUGGGUGUCUGCACGGUACCCAGUCGCCGUUCUGCAAUGCAUCACUCUAGUGCCGAGGGUGAGGUCCAGGCGCCAGGCUGCGUGUUGUGGUUCAACAGUGGCUUUUUCUGAGACCGCUGUGCUUUGUCAGAGCCCAUCGGGCUGUGGCACCUGUGGAUCUGCAGGGAUCUUCUCUGUUUGCAUGUUCCUUGGGGUGGCAUGUCCCUUGCUUCCUCAGUCUGGUGUGUGUUCCCCUGCCUGCAUGAACUUCUCUGGUUCUGUGUUGUGUGCCCAGUGCCACCCAUUGUUCUGUGACCAUCCAUGUAGCUACUGAAAAUGGCUGGGUAAGCAAGCCAAGGGUGUCGGAGGAGGUCAAGGGAGAGAUCGAUUCCCUCUCCCCCUCCCCACUCCCCAAACACACCAAGAAGUGUUUUUAAUGUGUAGGUUGAGAACAAGCCUAACAAUGACUGUGGUUGGGAGAGAGUGAGAGCUUAGUAUCCCCCUCUAGACCGGAUCGGCCCCACCCCUCACUUCAGCCAUCUCAGAGCUGUAGGCAAGGCCCAGAGUGUGCUAGGUGCUCUCCCAUCAGCACCUCCCACCAGCCCCUGCCGAUCUAUGGAUCUACCAGACCCCGGACCACCUCCUGUCCCAGUGGGCGCGGUGGGAGCUGUCCUUUCAGGACCACAAGCCAUCCUCUGCCCUAAGUAGAGAGGGGCAGAGCACACCCCAGAUGCUUACGCCUGUGUCCCUUCAGCCUCCCGACCUGUUCACCCUCCUCGCCCCUCCCCUGACGCACCCGCGGUGCCAGGGAUGGAAGCUGAUGUUUAACUCCCUCCGCCCUCCCCAGCUGGAGCCUGUGCCAAGCCCCGGACUCCCUUACUGUGGUAACACUUGGCACUUUGCCAGCCCCGAGGAAGGCAGAUGACACAGCCACAAAUCUAAUCCACAUAGUUUCCAUCUACCCCUUAAUCUGAUUGAUGUUCCCUCUUGCACUGAAUAAUACAUGCCUAUCUCAGGUAAGCCAUUUUAUAAAAUAAGAAGAUAAAAAAGCACUGUCGAGACAGUGUUUGCUUUCGCCGAGCUGGUGUCCCACAGCUCCCUGGGUGUCCGAGGUGGGAGAGCUGCUGACAGAGGCUCUCCGGGCCCUCGGGGGAUUAGAGCCCACUUGAAUCGUAAGCCUUUCUUGCUUUUGAUAACAGUAUUAUUUCUCUUACUCUAGAAGAAAAAGUUUAUUACCAAACAAGAGUAUUUUUAUGAAAGAAAAGGACAAACCUAUAAAUUAACUCAACCUAUAUUUCCCUUGAAAAUACUUUCAGGCUCCGCCAAAAACGUAGAACUGAAAGCAUGUUAUUUUGGAAGAAAGAGAUACAUUUUGUAUGCUUUCUGUUCCUUUUGUAGAUUCACAGUUUUAUUUUCUAAGACUGCAAAGAUCACUUUGUCACCAGCCCUGGGACCUGAGACCAAGGGGGUGUCUUGUGGGGAGUGAAGGGGAGGGAAGAGGCUGGCAUGAAGGUCACAGUCGUUCCAAUGAGCUCCAAAGAGGGGCCACCUGUUCUCAAAGAUGUGUCGGGGAUGGGAUGUACACUGGCCAUUUAUGGUGGCCCCUCUGUCUCGGAGCUGACUUGUUAAGUGGAAUGAGUUGAAGACUUGAUGGUCAGUUCCAACCCUGAUAGAAGAAACUAGGGUUCUGAAUUGUAAACAUUAAGAGGACAGUAUCCUUUGUAAUCUUAUGGCAACCAAAAUGUGGCUUAAAGCAGUCAUGGUUUCAUCUCUUAAAACACAGUGUGUAAAUCUAUUCAACUAAUGACGGGAAAUGUAUCACUUCCAUGCACAGUGGACUUAAGUGCCAUUUGUUGAAGGGGAACAAGUCAUUGAGGAGAAAAAAAGCCCAAUACUUAAAGUCCCAAUUUUGUCUUAUUUGCCAAAAAAAAAAAAAAAAAAAAAAAUCAACGACAACAACAAAGCAAACCCCCUAUGGUUGAUAUUGUUAUAUUGUAUAUACUGUAUAAUAGGAAACAGAAUUGAUGUAUCUUACUUUUUCAUUAUUUGCUAACCAAAGCUGUACAUUUUUCAUAUGAUCCGCAGCCUUUUGGGUAUCUAAUGGGUCAAAACCAUGGGACCUGCCACCUCCCAUAAGCAGUUCUGGAAAUGCACUAUUUCUACUGGUAUUCUUGCUUUUUUCUUUUUCUUCAUUUUCUUGCUGAAAUGACAUGAAUUGUUAAGUUUAUUUUUACACAGUAAAGAGUGAAGAAAGA